AUGGGAAGGCUUAUCAAGAACCACUGGGCGAGGCUCAUCACCUUAACGGCCGCAACUUACCAAAUUGCUGCCGCUCUCGAAGGAUUCUUCUGGCCUAAGAUAUUUUUCGAUUUCCUCACGAAAACCCUCGACCCGGCUGUGAAGCCCGUACCGGUCUUGCAAAUUAUCAACCUCUUAAUGGGCCUCUGGAUGCUGGCAUGGGAGUGGCCACUGGGGCUUAUUGCCGGAUCGUCUAUCCACCGCAGCCUCGAGGCUCGACUUGCUGUUCUGCCUCUGACCGCUCUGGCUGCCGUCCUGAUCUACCAAGGCACUAACUCGGCACUCUACUACGUCGUGGCAAUGGUUGUUUACUUUUGGGCGUAUAGUGAAGGCGAGAUUGUCUGCGCCAAGCCAUGGACUCUACCACAGAGAGGCGGCCGCGGCAAAGUAUAA